AUGAGCCGCUCCGAGCGGGCGCAGAGCGGUGUGAUGGCGUCCGCCGCAUACGGCGCCGUAGGUGCGGUGGGCGCGGACGCCAGUGUGAGUGGUGCCGAGACGAUGCUGAACUCGCCGGGUUACGUGAUGCGGGACGGCUCGGACAUGAAGUACAUGCCGCACCCGCAGCAGAGCCCGGUGCCGCACAACCCGUGGGCGUUCGCGCCGCAGGCCGACCCGGGCCACUGGGCGACGGCCAUGCACCCGCACGUGGGCCUGCACCAGGACAUCAAGCCGCAGACGAGCGAGAUGCUGCACCACGGCCGGGUGCCGCAGCACAUGGCGCCGCACGGCUGGCACCCGCCCGUCUCGUCGCCAUACAUCGGCAGCACUCCCAACGGCGGCCACCUGCAGCACCCGGGCUACGUGAUGAACGGCAUGAUGCCGCACCAGCUGCCGCACCUCGGCCGGGACCCGCACGAGCUGAUGGGCGCGCAGGGCGAGCACAGCCAGGAGAUCGAGGAGGACCCGCCCUCGUCGGACGACCUCGAGGUGUUCGCCAAGCAGUUCAAGCAGCGCCGGAUCAAGCUGGGCUUUACGCAGGCGGACGUGGGCCUGGCGCUCGGCACGCUCUACGGUAACGUCUUCAGCCAGACGACCAUCUGCCGCUUCGAGGCGCUGCAGCUCAGCUUCAAGAACAUGUGCAAGCUGAAGCCGCUGCUGCAAAAGUGGCUGGAGGAGGCCGACUCGACCACCGGCUCGGCCACUUCCAUCGACAAGCUGGCCGCGCAGGGCCGCAAACGCAAGAAGCGCACCAGCAUCGAGGUGUCGGUCAAGUCGCUGCUGGAGCAGCACUUCCUGAAGCAGCCGAAGCCGGCAGCGCCCGAAAUCACCGGGUUGGCCGACUCGCUGCAACUGGAGAAGGAGGUGGUGCGCGUCUGGUUCUGCAACCGCCGCCAAAAGGAGAAGCGCAUGACGCCGCCCGUGGUGGGCGCAAACUACGAGAACGGCGACACCAGCUCGCCGCAGUCCUACGUCUCCCAGUCGGAGCUGCAGCACAUGCAGCAGCAGCAGCAGCAGCAGCAACAGCAGCAGCAACAGCAGCAGCAGCACCAACAACAGCAGCACGGCCAGCAGCCGCUCGGCCAGCCCCACUACCACCACCAGCGACGGUUGGACUCGAUGCAGGGCUCGCCGCCGGCCCACCUAGCCCAGAGCCAUAGCCCGUCGAUGAUGUCGCCACAGCAGGCGGCGUCGCUGCCGCCGCACUCGCAAGGGCUGGCGGCGCACUGACUGGGCCUGCCGCCGGCGACAGAGACGCCUCCCACGCCACCCAGUGAUCAUAGAGCCAUACAAAGACUAUACUGCACCGGACACGAACACUAAGUCAGCGCGCGCCCGCAGUGUACAUAGACUCUGUAUAGUCCUGUGAAUGUCGCCACCGCUGUGUGUGUGCGCGCGCGCGCGACCGGUGGGCGGCCAGCGGCAGUGCGGUGCAUCAAAACGCGCGCUGAACGCCGGCGAGCGACGCCUGCCAGGGAGCUCGGUAAGCAGGUAGCACGGAAUUGCUCUUACUCUGUCCUGUCGCGCGGCCGGCCGCCGGUCCGGGCCGGGGUUCCCGGCCCGGCGGCCGCCCAAGGCCGCGCCAUAAAAAGCCCACCACCUCGGCCGCUGAGGCCCGGCAGAUUUAUCUCCUCGUGUGUCGUGUUCGGGUCGCCAUCCCCUGAGUUGUGGAGCUUAUUCGUUGUUAGCUGGGCAGCGCGGCGUGGCGCGACGCGGCCGCCGCGCGCGCCGUCCGCCGACCACACCCAGUCCAGUCAGCCGCCGGCCAGACUGCUUUGUGAUAGAGACGGCAAAAGCGCGAGGGAAUCUCAUAAGGAAUACCUCUAAUAUUUACAUUUUGUGUACUUACGUGGGUGGCGCGGCGCUGUGCCGGUCGGCCGGCGGGCGUCGGCCGGGUCGGCCGGCCCGCGUGCAGAGUUCUGACCGCUCUUCUGACCCGGCUCCGUCACCCGCAUCACCCGCGUCGCCGUCACCCAGCCGCAGCAGCUGGCCUGUUUCGUAGAACAUAGCUUAAACUGAUAGACUGCCCGGUAGGACUUGCCUAGCCAUACGCGUUGGGGCUUGCCAAAUUGUGUAGCCACAGCGAGGGCCGUGGCCGCGCCGGUGCUACCGCGAGCGCCACAAUGACGUCACCAAAGUGCGUGUCAUUCUCCGGUGACGUCAGAAAUGUGACGCCGUCUAUCGAGCCAAACCAAAAUUGUUCUGCAACACUAGCUGCCGUCGCCUCAAUAUUAUAGAGUUAAUUUCCAAGAAAGCUGAGCAUAAGCAUGUGUGCACGAAAAAUUACGCCAUUUGUCCGUUAUUUAAAGCAUAGUUCAGCGUCAUUUCGUUUUGUUUUCGUGCAUGUGGCAUUAUUGAGUUCAGAGGAUGCACUGUGUACCUCUGUUGAUCGCUUUACACUCAGCCACUGAUGCUUCCUUCCACAAAUGUUUCCUGCAUUUUCUGUAUGCCGUCGCACGGGAGCGUUCCGGUGAACGAGACAUGAGUGCCAAAUUGUUUCUUGGUAAAGCUGUUCUUACCAUAAUUGGUAUUUAUAGGCUGUUUUGUCUUCUGGUUAGAAAAGUAGAUUCUCGGCAAUGUCCGCUUCACAUUUUAUAUGCUCAACAUUGAUAGAGUACAAGGGUGGUAUAUAUUUUCCAUACGCAUACAUUCCGUUGUAAAAAUAACUUUUCGUAACAUUUCAACGUGCACUUCAUGCAUUAACCAAUCAAAAUGCUAGGUGACAGUAAUGUUUUAUUAACGAUCAGUCGCUAUAGUCAUGCUUAAUAUGGAUAUACCAUGUGGACGAUAACGACUACAGUGUUGCAAUUAUUUGUUUUUUGUUAUGUGUAUUGCCGCGCCAUGAGGAGCGUGGGUCCUUUUCAUCUACGCUCUUGUUGAUGUCAUGUCUGUUCGCGUGUUCAGGCAUCGAGACCAUGUGUAAAAUAAAUCCCGUUUGCCAUAG